AUGUUUAUCUCCACUUUCUAUUCUCAAGGUUACUUCGCCUUCCGAAAUUCGCUCUACGGUUCCUGGUUCAUUCAGGCCCUAACCAACUGUCUCCAGCGCUAUGGCCGCAGUCUCGACCUUAUGAGCAUCCUCACUCGAGUUAACCACGAAGUCGCCUACGAAUUCGAGUCAAUGGCUUCCAACCCAGAGUACUCAGGCAAAAAACAGGUGUCCUCCAUCGUCAGCACCCUCACCAAGGAUGUCUUCUUUCCACCGAAGAAACCCCCCUUGCAGUCGUGA